AUGGUCGCGCGCGCCGAGGCCGGGGACUUCGCGGAGGCGCGGGCCAUCUGGGCGCAGCUCCUGCACAGCUCCGCCGCGCCGUGCCUCCCGACCGCGGCGCCGCGCCUCCUUCCAGCGUACGCGCGCCUCGGCCGCUUCGACGAGAUCCUCCUCGCCGUGCGCGAGCUCUCCGCGCGGGACCACGCCGCGGCGCGCGCGCUCUACCCGCUCGCCGUCUCCUGCCUCGGCGCCGCGGGCGAGCUCGCGCGCAUGGAGGACGCCGUGCUAGAAAUGGGCCGCCUUGGCCUCCGCAUCGACUCCGCCACCGGGGACGCCUUCGUCCGCGCCUACGCGGCCGCCGGCACCGUCCCGCAGAUGGAGGCAGCCUACCGCCGGCACAAGAGGACCGGGCUGCUCAUCUCCCGCGGCGCCAUCCGCGCCGUGGCGUCCGCGUACAUCUCCCGGCAGAAGUACUACAAGCUCGGCGCGUUCGUCACCGACGUCGGCCUCGGCCGGCGCGACGCCGGCAACCUGCUCUGGAACCUGUACCUCCUCUCCUUCGCGGCCAACUUCAAGAUGAAGUCCCUGCAGCGCGCGUUCCUGGAGAUGGUCGCCGCCGGCUUCCGGCCGGACCUCACCACCUUCAACAUCCGCGCCGCGGCCUUCUCCAAGAUGUGCAUGUUCUGGGACCUCCACCUCAGCGCCGACCACAUGCGCCGCGACGGCAUCGCGCCGGACCUCGUCACGCACGGCUGCUUCGUCGACGCGUACCUGGAGCGCCGGCUCGUGCGGAACCUCACCUUUGCGUUCGACCGGCUUGACGGCAACGCGGAGGCCGUCGUGGCCACGGACGGCAUCAUCUUCGAGGCCUUCAGCAAGGGCGGCUUCCACGCCAGCUCCGAGGCACUGCUGGAGGCCACCGGCGAGAAGCGGCGGUGGACGUACUACAAGCUGCUCGGCGUGUACCUCAGGAAGCAGCACAGGAGAAACCAAGUCUUUUGGAAUUACUGA